UAUUAGUAAUAUUAUAUAUAUAUACAUGUCAUGUAACAUUGGCCAUACGUUGGUACGUAGGGAACCUUAUAAAAACAUCUGCCUAUUCCUAGGCAUUGUAACGAUAUUGAGCAGCCAGAAAUGCUUGCUUUAGAGAGCGAAAAAGUAUUGAGGAUCUUUAGUUUUUCCAUUGUUUUGAUGAUUGUUUUAUUCACAAGUCCGGUAAUGGGUUCUUCUGUGAAGGAGUUUUACGUCGGUGUCGCCAUGAUCUACGAUGCCAACACGCCCUACGACGUAGAGAGAGUGGGACCAGCCAUAGAUAUCGCCAUAGACAAGGUCAACAGGGAUAUCCUCAAUAGCUCCUACAGGGUGGUGAAGAUAGAGCGACACUACGGGAGUGUAUGUAGCAAUUCCCGGGCCUCAGGGAUGGUCGCUGAUCUAUACUACAGACACGACAUAGUCGCCCUGAUAGGACCAGCCUGUCCAUAUGCCCUGGAUCCUGUGGCUCGUCUUGCCAACUAUUGGAAUAUCCCAGUUAUCACAGGUCUCGGUGAUGGUGGAAUAUUUAAGAACAAAACAGAUUACCCUACACUGACUAGACUGGCCUACUGUCAGUGUAGACUACGGAAAGUACUCGGCAGUGUGUUCGAGGAGUUUCAUUGGACAGACGUGGCCAUUGUAUAUGACAUUAAUGAUGUUCACUCGGAUGUACUCGGGUCAACGUUAAAGGUCGGUCUCCAGAAGCAAAAUAUUUUCCCUUAUAUGUUUCCAUAUUAUGGUAAAGAUGAUCCCGAUUUUACAGCUAUCCUGCAGGAGGUAGCAAUGGUGACUAGAGUGAUUGUUCUCGUUGCGCCUGGAGAAUCUGUCCGGAACUUCAUGUUGUCGGCGUUCGACCUCGGCUUUAUAUCAAAUGGAGAGUUCGUUUUCUUCGAUAUCCAUCUGUUUCCCUUUCCUGGCGAAUACUGGGGUAACCACGACUGGCAUCGAGGCGACUCACGUGACACGGCUGCAAGGCAAGCUUAUGAGGCAAUGUUCAGGAUAAGUCUUCAAGUCCCGACGAGUAUGGAAUGGUUGAAUUUUACACUUGAUGUAAAGUCUAGAGCACAGGAAGCUUACAAUUUUUCCUUUUAUGGCGAAGAGGUGAACUUUUUUAUCGGAGCUUUCCAUGAUGCAGUUCUGCUGUAUGGAAUUGCUCUCAACGAGAGUCUUAACAACCUCUCGGCUGUCAAUGAUGGCUACAAGUUUACUAGAGCAAUGUGGGAUAGGACAUUUCAAGGGGUAACCGGAAGUGUGAUUAUUGACGACAAUGGAGAUCGCGACACCAGCUAUUCCAUCCUUGACCUCAACCCUAAUACAGGAGAAUUUCAUGUCAUUGCUAACUUCUUUGGGGACCGGCAGUGGUACAAUCCUAUUUCGGCAAAGUCAGUUCACUGGUCGGGGGGCAGGACCGAUCCUCCUUUGAACAUUCCCGUGUGUGGCUUUCAGGGAAACAACCCGGAAUGUCAUAGAAAUGAUAUCCCUUCAACACUCAUCUAUAUCAUUGCUGCUAUCUCCACUAUUCUGGUUGUUAUCCUCUCUGGCACUAUCGUUCUCUUCCGACAUCUCAAGAGGGAGCGCGACCUACGAAAUAUGGCCUGGAUGAUUAGAUAUGAGGACAUCAACUUCCAUGCUGACGGCUAUAGUAUGUCGGUUGGAUCCUUGCGCAGCUACAUUACGUCCGCUAUGUCCCGGAGGUCCUCCCAAUUCAAUACGGACUUGACCGGCACACAAUACCUAUCUGGAUUCGCAACAUAUAUGGGAUCACCUGUGUCAGUGAGAAUGGUGAGACAGAAGAUAGACUUGUCGAGGACCGUAAUAAAGGAACUUCAGCAGGUGCGGUCCAUGACACACGAUAACCUCACACGACUUAUUGGGGUCGGUGUAGAGCCUAACAAAGUCUGUAUUGUCCACGAGUUCUGCAGUAAAGGGUGUAUAGAGGAUAUACUAGAAAACGAUAAUAUCAAACUGGAUAUAUCAUUCAAAAUGUCUAUUCUGAAGGACAUAGUUGCGGGGAUGUCGUUUAUUCAGUCAUCUUGUCUUAAGUACCACGGUCAUUUAACGUCAAAAUGUUGUAUGGUGGAUAGUAGGUUUGUGGUAAAGAUAUCGGACUAUGGCCUUUCUACCCUCUAUAAAAAUGCCAGAUUGACGCAUUAUGGACAAGAGUUGUGGGUGGCGCCGGAACAUUUACGUGAUGGAGGGCACAGUGUCAAGGGGGACGUUUUCAGCUUCGCCAUUAUCAUGGUGGAGGUUUUGUCUCGCUCUACACCUUACGACGCCUAUAGGACUGUUAUGGACGUACAGGAAAUAGUAGAACAAAUAAAAGAGAGGGACGAACCUUUGUUUCGUCCGAUCAUCCCUAAAGAUCGUGGCCCUGCUGAACUAAUUGAUUUGCUGACACGGUGUUGGGCUGAAGACCCGGAUGAUCGCCCGGAUUUUCAUAGUAUCAGCAGAUCAUUGCGGAAGAUAAUGGGGACCAAACAUUCAAACUUCGUCGACAUGCUGCUACAACGGAUGGAAAAGUAUGCUACAAACCUGGAAGAUAUCGUGGAAGAACGUACACAGCAGCUGUUGGUAGAGAAGAAACGUUCCGAGGAACUGUUACACCAAAUACUCCCAAGGAGUGUAGCAAGGGAUCUACUUCAGGGGCGAAACGUGUUACCAGAGAGCUUCAGUUCCGUCAGCAUCUACUUCAGCGACCUGGUGGACUUUACCAGCCUGUGUUCAAAGCUUACAGCGCUACAGGUGAUUGAUGUUCUUAAUGAAGUGUACACUCUCUUUGAUAAUAUAAUAGACAAGUACAACGUGUACAAGGUUGAAACCAUCGGGGACGCUUAUAUGGUAGCUUCGGGUCUUCCUAUUCGUAAUGGGACACGACAUGUGACAGAAAUCUGCCGUAUGGCUCUAGACCUACGGGACAAGAUAUCCAAUCAUGAGCUAAAACAAAAUGUUGUGGACAAAGUAAAGCUACGUAUCGGCAUUCAUACAGGUCCCUGUGUAACAGGUGUUGUAGGGCUCAAGAUGCCAAGAUAUUGUCUGUUUGGUGACACCGUAAAUACUGCAUCAAGAAUGGAAACCACAGG